AUGGCGGGCCGCAGAACCGGAGGGACCACUCCGGACGGCUCGCAGGCAGGAGACACAAAUAGCAGCGAGCAGAUCGACAGCAUGCGGUCUGAGAUCAGUUCGCUGACACAGCAAAUGGGCCAGCUGGUGCAGCUGGUCGGAGGACUUGCUGCACGUAUAGAGGAGAAGUCCGGCGGUGCCACGGAGGGCGCCGCUGAAAGCGGCGGCGCCGUGGAGAGCGUCGCCACAAGCACUGCAGGUCAUUUUGGGACCGUGCAGUACGACGGGAGCGCGCAGGCAGCGGACCUGCGAAGAGAGUCUGGUCCUUCGGGACGACACAGCGGCGAAGUAGGGGGUUCAGACCCCCAAGAGGUGAGAGUAGCCGCUGCUCACAAUCAAGCUUGUUUCAGCAGCGCCAUGGGAAGUGGUGCUGCUGUCUUUGGUAGUGCGAGCGUGGGAUACCAAAGCGUGAAGUACACAGCGCCCACGUUCAGCGGAGACGCCAAGAGCUUUUCUUCGUGGCUAGAGGAUUUUUUUAUGGCAGCGAACACAGCAAACCUUCUUGAGCUUUUCGAGGAGGGGGGGGGGGAGAUCCCCGUAAACAGUGGGCAGAGCAAAGUCCAACUGUCCAGGUUUUACCCGCACGACAAAGUAGAGCUCGCUUUCCACGCGUGGAAUUUCCUCCGUGGAGCUCUCAAGGACGAGAAAGACAGGACAAUAAUGAAGCGAGCUGAGUCGCCCCUGGGGGCGCUCCGUGAGCUGAAGGGGUUGUACGACCCAGAAUCGUCCAUGCAGCCUGCGGAUGAGUUAAAAUCCCUGACAUCCAAGAAGAUCCCGAUGGCAGAGAAUCCGCAACAUGCUCUCAACAGUAUGCUCGCCACCGCAGAGUCCCUUUCGAAACGGGGGCUUGAUGUUAACGAAACCUUCGUUUUGCACCUCUUCUUGGAUGCCCUCUCCAACGAGUACGCUAUGACCAAGCACGCCCUCAGACACAAGGAGAGGUUGACAAGGAGUGACGUCCUGAAGGAGGUCACCAUCGAAUAUCGAUCGAUCAUGGAGAAGGUGAAGGCGGGGAAAGGCAAGGGCGCGCGCGGCGCCGAGCAGGCCUACCUCGCCGAUGGAGGCGGCCGCCGUGGGCGGUCGUCGUGGCGUGGGGGCGGCCGCCGAGGGCGGUCGUCCUGGCGUGGUCGUGGCGGUGGCCGCAGCGGCGGCCGCGGGGGCGGCGACAGCAGCGGAAAAGGCGGUGGCGGCGUCGAGGAGAGCAAGGGGAGUGGCUCUGGUGGGGCAGAUGGCGGCGGUACCGGGGACAAGAAGUUCCCGGGCCGGUGCUUCACGUGUGGCCGUUUCGGACACACGCAGCAGGACUGCACCACCAAGGAGAGCGACUACCUCCCGCAGUGCUCACACUGCGCAGGAUGGGGUCACAGCAAGGACAAGUGCGCGACGGAGGAGGCCGUCCUGGCGCAGAUCGUCCAUGCCGACAGCGACGCCGACUCCGUCGACAACCAGGCCUUCUGCGCGGCGCCGGGCCUGCCAGGCGAGUGUGGUGCUGUUGACCUAGGUCUAGUGGGGGUAACGGAACUAGGCCAGGAUGUCAUGGUGUACGUGGCUGAUACAGCAGCCACGUGCUCCAUGUUCCGAUGCGCAAACGCGUUCGUGAACUAGCGCGAGUAUAGUGGUUGGGUCAAGGGGCUCGGAGGCAACAAGGCCCCCGUUCCUCUCCUAGGGUACGGAGACGUGACCGUAGUCUUUCUGACCGAAGGCGGUAGGGUACCAGUGCUAAUCCUGAACGCCGCUCAUGUGCCCGAGUCCCCCCACAACCUUCUCUCACUGUCGGCGUUGGCCGAGGAAGGCCACACGUAUUCCGGCCAGAAGGGGGGGCUGACUCUCACUACGAGGACCGGGGGGAAGGUGUGGUUCCCCCGGACGGGUAAGCUGCUAACUCAAGAAGGCUAUCAAAUCGAGCCGAAGGUAGACAUCGCCUGUGCCGCAACAAUUGUUCCUGGCGAUGCGAAAGCAGCCACCCCCACUGACCUCAACUAAUAUCACAAUUCGCACGGCCACACGCACGAGGAACUGCUCCAGAAAACGGCGAAACAGCAAGGAGUGCAGCUGACGGGAGGACCGCUGCUACCAUGCCUCGGCUGUUCGAUGUCCAAGC